AUGGCGGAGGUAGGAGCCAGUCCGUGCAACUGGUGUUGCAACGGCUCCAACAGCGACGAGGUGGACUCCUAUUCCGUGCAGGCGGCGGUCAUCCUGACAUCGGUGGUGGCAGUCAUCAUCCUCGUAACCAUCUUCGGCAACGUGCUGGUGGUGAUCGCCGUCUUCACCAGCCGAGGACUGCGGGCGCCCCAGAACCUCUUCCUCGUCUCCCUGGCGUCCGCCGACAUCCUGGUGGCCACUUUGGUCAUGCCCUUUUCUCUGGCCAACGAGUUGAUGGGUUGCUGGUACUUUGGCAGAGUCUGGUGCGAGAUCUACCUGGCGCUGGACGUUCUAUUCUGCACAUCGUCCAUCGUGCACUUGUGCGCCAUCAGCUUGGACAGAUACUGGUCCAUCACACAGGCUAUUGAGUACAACCUAAAGAGGACCCCCCGGAGGAUCAAAUGCAUCAUCGUCACGGUAUGGGUGAUCGCCGCCGUCAUCUCCUUCCCGCCGCUGAUCUCCAUCGGCAAGGAGACCGGUCUUCGGGAGAAUCCCCAGUGUAAGAUUAACGACGAGCAGUGGUACAUUAUCUCGUCUUGUAUCGGCUCUUUCUUCGCCCCGUGCAUCAUCAUGAUUCUCGUUUAUGUGAGGAUCUACCAGAUCGCCAAAUUGAGAACCAGGCAUCCACCGGGCAAGAAGACCAACAGCGAACUAGUCACCAAACAGAACGGACUGCGCUCAUCAGCCUCGCCCAACGGGUUGCGGAACGGCGCCGGUAAAGCAUGCCAGGGCAAAGACAACGGCUUGGAGCAGGACGAGUCUUCGUCCUCCGACCACUGCGCGGCCAAAACCAAGGUAGAGCCCCGGCCCAAGGCCACCGGGGUAGUGCAGUCGGUACAAGGCAAGGUGGUGAGCGGGCUGCAGCGGCCGGAAGACAGGGGAAGUCCCAAGGCGGCCCGCUGGAAGGGGCGCCAUAACCGCGAGAAGAGGUUCACCUUCGUGCUGGCCGUGGUGAUCGGGGUGUUCGUGGUCUGCUGGUUUCCUUUCUUCUUCACUUACUCCCUUACCGCCAUCUGUUCGGAGAGCUGCGCUGUUCCUGACACUCUGUUCAAAUUCUUCUUCUGGUUCGGAUACUGUAACAGCUCACUGAACCCCGUCAUCUACACCAUCUUCAACCACGACUUCAGGAAGGCUUUUAAAAAAAUCCUUUGCAGGACAAACAGAGCACAGAAAGUCUGAAGAGCGAAGA